AGUGUGCUUGGCUCUCGGCAGUCAGAACCCAUGGAAGACUGAGCAUUUUGGUGCUUAUGCUGCGCAUGGCGCUAGCGCUCUCUGCUGUUCAACGUUAAACACAAGUGGAAAAAGUAGAGUGCCUUGCCUGUUUUGAGACUACAGUGGAAAUUGUUAAUUACUCAUUAGGGACUUGACAGCUCAGCCCUUUAAUCCUCAGAGAUUCCAAAGUUCUCACCUGGGCUCCUCCUGCUUGGAGGCAGGUAAGGAUAGAUGUAUAUAGGGGCACACACACAUGCAUGGAGGACUGGCCUCCCCUCCAGUUCCACACAAUACAACAGGAACUUCACAAACAAGAGCAAAGCUGUGGGAAAAGCAGGUUGCAGGUGGCCCCGCGCUAGUUUCCAGGAUUUCAGCCGCGGCCCGCUGGACAGCGCCAGGAUGACUUCCGCUUCUCUGGGCGAACAGUAGGGCAGGUGAGUCCACUGAUCCCCAAGGGACAGCUCCUUGUUCCUGAAAGACUGUUUUCCGCUAGCUAACCGCGAGAACAAACCACUGAAUAUGGAACAAAGACGCAACCGCUUUUUUUUUUUUUUUUAUUAUUCAAAUUCAGAGUUAGCCGGAGCCAUUUCCCCCCUCUAGAAGCGGAGCGCCCGAGUGUGUGGACAGACCUCUCCCCAGGUCCUGAACUCUUAGGGACCUGGCGCUAAGAGGCGCGCCCCGCGGACAGUAAACUUGCAGGGGCGAGAGGGAGGGACAUCAGUUAAACCCAAAUCGUGGGCGUUCAGUCCUCAGGGCACCGGAGCGCGUGAAAACUCCAGCGGACUCUGCUGGAAAGGAGAUCAUGCCCUCUAAGUCUCUUUCCAACCUCUCGGUGACCACCGGCGCGAAUGAGAGCGGUUCCGUUCCCGAGGGGUGGGAAAGGGAUUUCCUGCCGGCCUCGGACGGGACCACCGCGGAGUUGGUGAUCCGCUGUGUGAUCCCGUCCCUCUACCUGCUCAUCAUCACCGUGGGCUUGCUGGGGAACAUCAUGCUGGUGAAGAUCUUCAUCACCAACAGCGCCAUGAGGAGCGUCCCCAACAUCUUCAUCUCUAACCUGGCGGCCGGGGACUUGCUGCUGCUGCUCACCUGCAUCCCGGUGGACGCCUCGCGCUACUUCUUCGACGAGUGGAUGUUCGGCAAGGUGGGCUGCAAACUGAUCCCUGUCAUCCAGCUCACUUCCGUGGGGGUUUCCGUGUUCACUCUCACUGCCCUCAGCGCCGACAGGUACAGAGCCAUCGUUAACCCCAUGGACAUGCAGACGUCAGGGGCAUUGCUGUGGACCUGUGUGAAGGCCACGGGUAUCUGGGUGGUCUCCGUGUUGUUGGCAGUUCCCGAAGCAGUGUUUUCAGAAGUGGCGCUCAUCAGUAGCUUGGAUAAUAGCAGCUUCACAGCAUGUAUCCCAUACCCUCAAACAGAUGAAUUACAUCCAAAGAUUCAUUCAGUGCUCAUUUUCUUGGUCUAUUUCCUCAUACCGCUUGCUAUUAUUAGCAUUUAUUAUUAUCAUAUUGCAAAGACCUUAAUUAAAAGCGCACACAAUCUUCCUGGAGAAUACAAUGAACAUACCAAAAAACAGAUGGAAACACGGAAACGCCUGGCUAAAAUUGUGCUUGUCUUUGUGGGCUGCUUCAUCUUCUGUUGGUUUCCAAACCACAUCCUUUACAUGUAUCGGUCUUUCAACUAUAAUGAGAUUGAUCCAUCUCUAGGCCACAUGAUUGUCACCUUAGUUGCCCGGGUUCUCAGUUUUGGCAAUUCUUGUGUCAACCCAUUUGCUCUUUACCUACUCAGUGAAAGCUUCAGGAGGCAUUUCAACAGCCAACUCUGCUGUGGGAGGAAGUCCUAUCAAGAGAGAGGAACCAGCUACCUACUCAGCUCUUCAGCGGUGCGUAUGACAUCUCUGAAAAGCAAUGCUAAGAACAUGGUGACCAAUUCUGUUUUACUAAAUGGGCACAGCAUGAAGCAGGAAGUGGCACUGUGAUUUUGGCCAUUCAACUCACUACCUGGAGAGAACUUAGUAACUGUUAAAAUUCCUAUUCAGCAGAUCAGAACGAAAUAAUUAUCCUAUUCUUGCUGUUGCUUAGCUAAUUUAUUAGGCAACUGCAUGAUUGACUCAGAAAAUGCAAGACGUUUUUUCUCUACACUAGACUUUAUUAUUUCUCUUUUCAUUUCCUAAUAAUUAGAAUAUGAGAAAAGACUUUAAAUCACUACAUAUAAUGCAUACAUGUAUAUAUAUUUGCACACACACGUACAUACACGUACAUUAUAUAUAUUUCAUAUUAAAGAUGAUCCCCAAACCAAUGCAAUAUGUAUAAUUUAACAUUGCUUUAGUAUUUAGGCUGUUGCUAAAGCCAAUUCUAGCAUAUUUGUCUGAGGUUUUGUUUUAUCUCGAAGCAUGAAAUAAAUUUCUGUUUUGACUCUGAUUCAGUAAGGGUAAUAUUCAAACUCCUAUUAUUUGAAAUACAAGUCAGAUUGUCCUGGUGAAUUUCAUUCAAUUCACAACUAUUGCAUGUAUGUGUGUACAUAUAUACAUAUAUAUGUGUAUGUGUGUACAUAUAUACAUAUAUAUGUGUAUGUGUGUACAUAUAUACAUAUAUAUGUGUAUGUGUGUAUACAUGUAUACAUGUAUGUGUGUAUACAUAAAUAUAUACAUAUAUGUAUAUAUGUACACACACACACACACGUCCUUCAUUUUAAGAAAAUAAUAAAAAAUUCAAAGGUGGAGCUUAAUCACAUGGGCAUUUAUUGUGAUUCUGUGAUUGUUCAUAAUUUAUAGAAAUAAUUCAUAUCUGUAACUUCUAAGUAUGUGAUUAACAGAUAUAAUGAAAUUAAUAUUAUGAAUUAUAAAAUAGGUAUGAUAUGAAUAUGAUUUACAUUAUGAAUGUAAAAUAGGCAUCAUAUGAAUAUGAUUUACAUUAUGAAUGUAAAAUAGGUAUCAUAUGUCCCAAAUUGCAAAACUACAACUCACAAGUUUGCAUGGCCAUCUUAGUAUACAUUGCUAAAUCCUUGAAUAUUUGGAUGAUUGUGUAUAGAUGCGAUAGGAUUUGUGUAAUUCCAGUGAGUUCAACCAUUUAUUCAUCCUCUCUUGCAAUACCCAACUGACAAAUAUGUGAGAUCACACUUAGGCAAUUUUUUUCUGCUUUUCUUGCAUGAUACCACAGUUUUCUCUGAAUAAAUGUCUUCUUCUUUUAGGAAAAUGCAAAUGUAUUGAUUACAGUUUAAAAGCUACCAUUUUUAAAAGCAUGUGUCAAUAAAUCUAAUAUUUAAAUCGA